AUGCGCCUCGACUGGCAGGCCCCGCUGGGACUGGGCUCCCUCUGUGCUUCGGUGCUCUCCUACUUCUGCAGCGAGCAGCAGGGCGCCGUCUCGCACCACCCCGUCCUGCCGCCAUCGUAUCCGCUGGCUGUCCGCAACCCGUACCUAUCGACAUGGAUGCCCAGCGACCGGGUUCAGAAUCUGCCGCAUGCUGAGCCUCAAUUCUGGGCCGGCCAGAACCUGGGCUGGUCCGUGAUCGUGCGUGUAGAUGGUCGUGCAUAUAGCUUGAUGGGCGUGCAGAAUGCCAACGCCAGCGGCAUCCACCCUGCCAUCGUGCACCGCGCCGAGUUCACGGCGUCGCACUCGGUCUUUGAUCUCUCGGCUGGACCGGUGGCGCUGACCUUGGACUUUUUCUCGCCUGUUUCACCCUCAAAUUACCUGCGACACUCUCUUCCCUUCAGCUACCUAACGGUGCAUGUUACCAAAUCUCGUGGACACGAUAUCCAGGUCUAUUCAGACAUCGACGGCAGAUGGACAGGCCGACCACGGCGCUCGCAAAGUGCCUUUGAAGAGGCAGAUGGGCUCGCGUAUUACUCGCUUACCGUUCCGACCGCAAGAAAAUAUGCCGAGGCCAACGACAUGGCUCUCUGGGGUCGAGCAAUUCUUGCAUCUCGUCCGUCGGACUCCAGCACACUCACUUCGUCCUCGGGGAACGCUGCUGCAGUGCGUGGCUUGUUCGCCGGAGAGGGUAUUCUCGCUGGAGUGCACGAAACAUGGUCUCAUGAAAGUGUAGUCGCACUGGCCCAUGAUCUGGGUAAAGUGGAUGGUGGUGCCUCAGUGAAUUUUGUUGUUGGUUACGAACGAGACCAUGCCAUCAAUUAUCUGGGAGAGCCGCAGACGGGGUACUAUCGGGCAAAGUACCCAACGACGUCGAAGGCCCUUUCAUUCUUCAUGGACGACUAUGCAGAUGCAUUGUUGGAGUCCGUGAAGCUGGACCAGGAGCUGGCUUCUUCGGCUACAGCUGCAGCAGGCCCAAAAUACGCAGAUAUUGUUACUUUGUCCACUCGCCAGGCCUAUGGGGGAAUUGACGUGACCAUUCCCGCCGACUCACUUGACACCAAUGAAGUAUUGGCGUUUAUCAAGGAGCUAUCCAGCGACGGAAAUGUCAACACAAUCGAUGUGAUCAUGCCCGCGUUCCCCAUCUAUUAUGUUAUGGACCCAGAUUACAUUCGGCUACUGCUUGAACCCGUGAUGAAGUACCUGGACGCUGGCCGUUGGCGACUACCCUACACCAUCCAUGACCUUGGAUCAAGCUAUCCGCACGCCGUUGGACAUGAUGACCAGCGCGCAGAACCUAUGCCCAUCGAGGAAUGUGGAAACCUGCUCAUCUUGGCGCUUGCCUACGUUCGCGCCACCGGCGAUGUCAGCUGGGCUGCUCAGUAUACGGAGAUCUUCAAGAAGUACGCAGACUACCUUGCCCAUAACAGCAUUGACAUCGCCAAUCAACUGUCGUCCAAUGAUGCGGCUGGCCCACUGCCCAAUGAGACCAACCUCGCGAUCAAGGCCGCUGUCGGUCUCAAAGCCUUUGGUGAAAUGAGCGGUUACGAGUAUUACUCGCGUGUUGGCAACGAGCAUGCAAGCCUCUUCUUCGAGCAGGGUCUGGGUACAGACGAUGAGAAGACUCAUUUUGUGCUUAGAUACCCAGACCGGCCAAAGAGUUGGAAAACACCGUACAAUCUCUUCCCAGACGUGCUCUUCGAUUUGGAUACCUUCCCUGAGGAGGCUUACAAGAUGAAUGAUAAUUUCUUCCGAUCUAAAUCUUAUGGUGUGCCGCUCGAUAACCGGCAGGACUGGGCUAAGUCCGACUGGAACAUGUGGUUGGCCGGCACCUUUGGGACGACGACUCGUGACGAGUUUGUCGAUGACCUCUGGGCAUUCAUGACCAGCGGCAAACAUACCUGGCCGUUCUCUGAUCGUUAUGUUGCCACAUCGAAGAAGGGAGCCAACCCUGGCACUCCCAUAUUGUGUCGAGCUCGCCCAACAGUUGGCGGCCACUUCGCUUUACUUGCUUUACAAGGCCCACGGUCCAUGAAAUCUUUGUCUCGAUAUCCAUCCGGACCUGGGAUUUCGAGACAAGACUAUGGCCAGGCGGAGGCUCGGUUUAGGAGCCGCAUCGAAGAGCUGUGA